UAAAAAUAAUCCAUUUGAGGUUCACGAGAGGUUUCCGCACAGUGCAAACGUGUGGGUGGUGCGAGGUGCGGAGGGUGCGCAGGCGCAGGCGCAAUGUGCCCAAGAUGUCUCGUGCAUUCCGAUAUCGGAACAACCUUGAUUUUGGGAAUUAGGCGUCUGCCCGAGAAAGGAGGUAUAUGAGCAGGAGAGGAAUUGAUGAGAUCCUCUUCUCGGUAUUCAUCCAUCAGCCAACUCUUAUAGCUGAGGGCUCACUCAUUCCGUUUGUUGGUCCACUUGCAUUGUCGGCUCUCUGCUAUCGGCCCAUCAACAGUCUCUCGCCAUGUCGUACAUUGACAACAACGAGAAAGACAUUCAAGCCAUUGAUCCGUCUGGUCAGAUCCACGGUGUGAUCCGACAAUACGGAGUUGACGAUCAUGGUGUCGAGCUCAAAUUGCGGGAUGCCAUUACAGCUGAAAGGGCCGAUCAUGAAGAGACAGUUUGGCAAGCUGUCAAGCGACAUCCUACCUCGGUAGCUUGGUCCCUUGUAGUCUCCAUGUUGGUCAUUGGUGAGGCGUUUGAUUCAGACCUGACUGGAGGUCUGAACGCUAUGCCCGCGUUCAGAAGGCAUUUUGGAAAAUACGUCGAUGAGAAAUCAGGAUACCAGAUCCCAGCCAAAUGGCAAACUGCCAAUGGAUUCGCAGCCACUAUCGGAUCCUUCUUCAGUAUCAUCCUCUGUGGUCAGAUUGUCAAUCGACUAGGAUACAGAAAGACGAGUAUCAUCGGGUUGGUCCUCAUGAUGGGAGCAAUCUUUGGACCUUUCUUUGCCCCAAGCCUGCCCAUCUUCUUCUUGGGCGAGUUGCUGUGUGGUAUUCCUUGGGGAUUCUUUAUCUGUAUUGGGCCCGCCUAUGCGUCUGAGGUGUCUCCUCUGGCUCUUCGAGGACUCUUGACGAUCUGGAUCCAAGCAUGUUGGUUCAUAGGACACUUUAUCGAAUCUGGAAUCGUUUAUGGCACCCAGAGCAUGGAAUCGAGGUGGGCCUACAGAAUUCCAUUCUUGGCACAGUGGUGCUGGCCUAUCCCUGUCGGUAUCCUCAUCUGGAUGGCACCUGAGAGUCCAUGGUGGCUCGUUCGACGAGGCAAAUUGGCCGAAGCCGAAAAAGUUGUCAUUCGAUUGGGAGUCGCAGAAGGCAUCUCACCGAGUGAUCGAGUGGCAGAAAUGCUUCGAACAGUCGAGAUUGAACGAUCUCAAACGGAAGGAGCGAGCUACAUCGAUUGCUUCAAGGGAUCAGAUUUGAGGCGAACUCUCCUCGGAUGCAUGAUUUUCAUCUUCCAGAACUACACCGGCUACACCCUGGCAGGAAACAUUGUCUACUUUAUGGAGCAAGCCGGUUUCCCCAGUAGUUCAGCUUUCGCCAUGGGUCUCGGCACGGUAGGUAUUCAACUCUGCACCGUCACACUCUGUGCCUUCCUCAUGGCUUACUUUGGACGUCGAACACUCUAUCUCUGGGGUCUAGGCUUCACUCUCUGUUGUCUCCUUAUCACUGGAAUUGUCGCUUGCGUCCCUGAGACGCCGGCCUCAAGGUGGAUCGAAGCGGUUUUCAUCAUCAUCAUGGCCGUCCAAUAUGGUUUGACCACAGGUCCAGUAACUUAUGCCUUGAUUGCGGAACUCUCCUCAGUGAGACUGAGAGCCAAGUCUGUCGCCCUGUCACGAGCGUCAUACUAUCUCUUUGGUUUACCGACGGGUUUCAUCGGCUCAUACUCGCUCAACCCCGCUGCUUGGAACCUCAAGGCCAAAUCUGCGUUCAUCUGGCUCGGAACAGGAUCCAUUGUCUUCAUCUGUACUUUCCUCUUCUUGCCUGAAGUCAAAGGGCGAUCUUUCAGAGAACUGGACAUCCUCUUCCACCGAGGCGUUCCCGCUCGUAAAUUCCAAACGACAUCCGUCGAUGACGAGGAUGAUCAGUAG